AACUUCGAAACAAAGCGAAACUGCAGUGAAGUCUUAGAAAACAACCCCAUUGAUGAUGAUACAACAGGCCCUAUGGAUACAAUAACUCAGAAACAGAGUGGAAAAAGAAAGGUCAAGGUCAAGAAGAAGUCUGCAGUCAAAAUGAAAGUGUCAGCACCUGAGCCGGAUAUUCCUGAAAAGAAAUCGGUUAAGAGCAAUAAGCAGAAAAAAAGUGAGGAAUACCGGCGAAUAAAAGAAGUGGAGAAAAUGGUUGAGGAACAAAAACUUAAAAUGGAGAAAGAUCGGGAAAAAGAACAGAAGAAAGAGGAGGAUAAUGAGAAGUUAGUUAGCCAACGGGUACUUCCCACUUAUGAUGUAGUAUCAGCCAUGGAAGCGACAUGCUCCAAGACGGAGAAAAACGAUAAACAGGCUGCAGAUGUUGCAUCAGGUGCAAUACCUAAACAACGGAAAUUUAUCGCAGCAUCCAGAAGAACCAGGGAUAAGGAUGGUAAAAUUGAACAGGAGAAGAAAUCCAGCCUUUUGAAGAAAGCAGGGUCAUUUGUCGAAACUGAGGAGCGAAACGUCGUUCUUCGCAAAGGUGGCACUUUAAACAUUCCUCACGGUAACGAGGAACUUAGAUCAUGUAAGGAGUAUAAGAGUGAAGACAGGAAAAGUGACUGUGAGGAAGAACCAAAUAGUGGAAAAGGGAAAAGGAAUAGAGUCACGACAAGAAGCCAGGUGGAUGAGGAAUAUAGAAAACGAGAAGUAUCAGGGACUAAAGAAAAACGCACUGGCGUAAAAACAAUAAAAGAUCGGUUCGAUGAUCUAGGAACAGAGAACGGAUCAAGAAAUGAAAUAGAUGGCAAAGAAAAUCAUGUGGAUUCAGGGGUAGUUUGGCGAGAAGAUGGAGAAAAGAGAGAAGAGAACAUUCUAUCCUGUGAAAAUGUUCCGCAUGGUGGCUUGUUUGAGAACCAAGACGUAUGUUCGUUGCAUCGCGACAACCAAGGUGCUUAUAAGUCGGAGGAAGAAGACAAAAUCGAUCAAGAGACUUUGGAACUAUUAGAGGAAUUUUGUAUGGAGCGUUUUGGAAAUGAAGAAAAGUAUAUAUUCUACAAUAUUAUCAAGGAAUUCUUGCAGUGGACUGAAGAAACCAAAGCAAAAAAACGUCAGCACUUUUCACAAAGCGGAGAAUACCCAUUACCCCAGGAAGCUUCACCAGCGACCCGAAGUAAGUCCCAAGUCAAAGAACCUUCAAAUGAAAGUCGGAAAGGGAAAUUAGAUCUUUCCAAAUUUUCUCAUCCUAGUUACGACGUUAAAUAUAUCAACGGCCAUCCGAAGGUUCGCAUCGUAGAUGUUGGAUUUAAGACAACGCUGUCUGAUCGACGAAAAAGGCUAACACGAUCCGUCACGCAAGAAAAAUUUCCUGACUUGGAGCGUCUGCGGAAAUUGAUACGGGAACAACCUUCCACGUAUCGUCGUGCCACACUUCAACUUAAUUCCAAGGCAGGUCACCUGUCAUUUGCCGUUGUAUCAGAUACGAUUACCCCAGAUAUCAAAAUCAGUGGACGAGUCAAAGGAGCAUUCGACAUGGACCAAGUUGUCGUUAAAGCGCUAAAUAAGCUGUCUAUUUCAAGUGAUGGUCUUCCCAGUUCCCGAGGAAAAUUUGUAGGUGUGAUGCAACCCAUAAUCAGCCAUAAUGAACGACAGUUUGUGUGCAGGAUCGAUCCCGAGAACACUGACGUAAUGAUUCCAAUCAAUAAGUCCGCACCGAAAAUUUUAAUACCAAAUUCAGCAAGAGCUGAAAAAGGAUCCAUCGCUGCAAAAAGGCAAGGUAAACAGAGAGCAAGUGAAAAUGGAGUGGAACGUAAAGAUUUAUCAGAAGAAGAGUGCAUGUUUCUGGUUCAGUUUGUUAAAUGGAUAGCAGGUCGCAAUUAUCCAUUGGGCACAAUAAUCAGAGAACUGCCGCAGCAGCCUACCUUGGAGAAUAACAUGGAAAUUCUGUUUGCAGAGCAUUGCAUUAAAAAGUUGUUCAAUGGAAAGUGUGACGAACAAGUGAAAAGGGAUUUUCCACCAUCUUGGUCAAUCCCACCUAAUGAGGAGCAGAGACGUUUGAAAAUUGAUGGAGCGUUUACGAUUGAUCCUGAGAAUUCCAAAGAUCUAGAUGAUGCACUUUCCGUAGAAAAGCUUGAACACUCAGGAGUAUAUCGUGUCGGAGUUCACGUCGCUGACGUAAGUUACUUUGUGGAGCCUGACACUCCUUUGGAUAAAGAGGCGUUAUUGCGUUGCUCCUCUUACUACCCCGGACAUGGCUAUGAUAGUGUUCCGAUGCUACCACGAGAGUUGAGUGAAAACCAUUGCAGCCUUCUUCACAAUAAAAGCUGUUUGUGUUUGUCAGUUUUUUUUAACAUGGCAGAGGAUGGAAGCCACGUGGGAAACCCUGACAUAAAAGAAACAAUUGUCAAGUCCACUUGUCAGCUCACUUACCCUCAAGCCCAACAAGUUAUUAAUGGUCAGGAUUGCUCAUUCCUGAACGUGCCAAAGGAUACUAUGGAUAAGAUCCGACAGCUUAGUGACCUCGCACAAAAAAUGAGGAAGUGGAGACUUCGACAGGCAGCCUCUGAUCAUUGGUCAAAUAAAGACGAGUCAGGAGAUUACGAAGCACAUGAACUUGUGGAGGAAAUGAUGAUUGCCACCAAUAAGGAAAUAGCUAAAUUUCUCUAUUCACAAUAUAGAAUGAUAACACCUUUGCGGACCCAACUUCCCCCCAAAGAGCACAGAUUAACUAGCUGGCUCAAACAAUUCGGGAAAUUCAUAAAGUUGUCCUUGUUUCCACACGCCGUUUAUUCUGAUGAAGAACUGCAGAGAAUGACAAAAGAUGAGGGCAUUUCAGAAUUGCCAAAACUCAUGGUGCAAAAGUCCGUGUGGUUUGAUCUUUUUAGUGCUGCAGAAUCACUAGACAAAGUCAAGCUUCGCCAGCUGACUUUCAAUGAGAAGGAUCACUCUCAGUUGGCCAUCGCCAAAAGGCAAUUUGAGUUUAUUAAACAGAAGGCUCGAUACGUCUGCGAAGGAGAUCCAGAUGAAGAUCCAGAUGAAGCGAAGGGGAUGCCUGGCCACUUCUCUCAGAGAAUGGACCUCUAUACACACUUCACGUCACCUAUUCGACGAUACAUUGAUAUAGUGGUACACAGACUCGUCUUGAAUUUGAUAUCUGAGCGUAGCACGGGAGCACCCUCGACGGAUCGAGUUGCUGAGAUCUGUCGUCGUUCCACGUUCGCUAGUGCGAAUUCCAAACUCUUCAAAAAGGCAUGUAAUGAGGUUCACCUGGCAGCAAAACUCAGGGAAAAAAGCCACGAGACAACAGCAGUCGUUUCGACGAUCGAAGAUAGGAAAAUAAGGCUGGAAAUUACAAAACAAGAAUACGAUCAGGUCGCGAAAAGACAGAGAGAAAUCAAACUGAGCACUUUACAACCAUUUAGUGCUAAACAUGGUGGCUCCGAGGAAAUUGUACUUACUUGGAAGCUGAGACUUUACAUUGCUCCGGAGGGAAACAUCACGGAGAAACUUGAUCGUGAAAGAGAAAAGGUUUCCAUCCUUUUAUCUCAGGAAUUGCCAGAACGGGAAGUCUAUUACUUUCCAGGAGAAAGGUGGGAAAAGCUUUUGAAAGCACUUCAACAAGAAAACUUUGAACUCGUUACCUUGCUAAUUAGAGAGAUGGAUCAGCUUACCAGACCCCAAGAACAGAAUAACUUUCGCAAUGGUGGAAAACUUGGGUCAAAUAUGGAGCAUACCCAUGAGAAACAGAUUUCUCUGAAGAAAUUUGAUACUGUAAAUAUUCAGCUCACUGCACAUAUGACACACGGGGUUUUCCACCCAGAAAUUCAACUCUUCAAGAUUACCCCUGGUGUCCACAUUUGCGUCGAGCACCGCAAAUAUCCAAGGGAAUGUUUUACUAACGCACCAUGCUAUCAAAUCUCUGGGAAGUACUCGACUUUAGCUGAUUACAUCGCAGCCUGGGAACCCGUACUUGAUUUGGAAGCUGCAACAGUGGCUGUGAACGAGAACGAUGAAUUAACCAUACACAAUUUGGAUGUCAGGUGGAAGAUGAAUAGCAGUGGAAACCAAGAAGGCUUUUUCAGCCUUUUAAGUGAGUAUUGCAAAAGCCGUCAUAUCAAUAUUCAUGAAGGGGAUUUUGUUUGUGUCAGGGUGGAGGAAGAGAUGUACAUGGCUAAAUCAAGCUUCGUAACAAGUGAGGGGAGCAAAUCAGAGAUGGAUUUAGAUCUAGAAAACGAAGGGGAACUCGCCAUGACGCAGUUAAAAAGCACCCCAUCCUUAGAGAGCAACUCGAGUCGCAGUUCUAGGUCAAGUAUUUGGGUGGGACACUGUAUUAUUAGGGAAGCUCAAUUGAGUGAGGAAUCGAAAAUAGUGUCAGUGAGGAUAAAUCUCUGUCAGGCAGCGUCAGAAUUUCCCAAAGAGCUGUUGAUUGGAGGUAUUCAACGCCUGAGUACGUUAACAAUUAUUCAUCGACCUCCUAUCCACAGACGAAUGUCUGCAGUCCUCAGUCGGGGGCUUAAAAAUGCUCCCGAAGUAGUCGAGGCGAUAUGCUUGGGGCAUGAGCUUAGUCAGGGGGAUUUCGAGUUGCCGCCUUUCUCUGACCUUUCAAUUUCGGUAAAGGAUCCGAAAUGCCGAUUAGAGCCCUUGAAUAAGUAUCAGAACGACGCUGUGACAGACGCACUUGUGAAACCAUUUUCCCUCAUCCAGGGCCCUCCAGGUACUGGCAAGACAGUGACCGGCGCUCACAUAGCCUAUUGGUUCGCAUAUCAAAACAGGACAACUAUUUCACAACCAGAUCAGAACUCGAUUGAAUCAGACAAAGCAAACAAAUUAAUACCAUCAUCACAAGUCAUUUACUGCGGUCCCUCUAAUAAGUCCAUUGAUGUGGUGGCAAAAAUUAUGCUCCAAAUUCCUGAACUCAAAAUUCUUCGAGUCUAUAGCAAUUUAAAGGAGCAGGCUGAGUUUCCACUUCCUAACAAACCUAAACCUCUAAGAAGUUCCAACGACGAUGAUGAAGCUCAAGAAUUGGAUGAAAAACUGAAAGAAGUGGCGCUACACCACGUCAUUCGUGCAGAUGCGUGUCCAUUCGCUUAUGAGCUAAAGGAAUGUGAAAGAAAAUUUGUACAAGAUGAGAAGAAAGGUUUAAGGACCGCAGAUAAACACGUAGACAGCUACCGUGAGCUUAUUGAACAGGCUGAGAAAUGGGCAUUUCAGUCGACAGGUGUGCAGGUUAUCUUGUGCACAUGCGCAGUUGCUGCCAAGUCUAGUAUAAUCAAAUCAUGCAGAGACAAUAUCAAGCAGUGUAUUGUGGAUGAAUGUGGUAUGUGCAUGGAACUUGAAUCACUCUUGCCAAUCGCGUUCUUAGCACCGCAGCAAAUAGUAUUGAUUGGUGAUCACAAACAGUUACAGCCCGUCAUUCAUGACAAAAAGGCACAAAAUCUAGGCCUUCAAGUUUCGAUGUUUGAAAGGCUCUCUGGGCAAGCCAAGAUGCUACAGCUUCAAUACAGAAUGCACGAGGAAAUAUGCAAAUUUCCCUCAGAGUACUUUUAUAAAAGUCAGCUGAAAACGGAUCCAUCAGUAAAGAGAAAGGGUACUGCUCUGAAAUCCUUUUGGCCUGUUGCAAAGGUUCCUAUGGCAUUUUGUCAUGUUGUGGGGGAGGAAGAGAUUACCGCCAUUAAGACAGCACUUAGCAAUGAGCAGUCGAAAGCCAACGUCAAAGAGGUCGAAAAAGUAGUGCACGUGGCGAAAUGCCUUAUCAACAUUAAAGGGGUGUCCUCGUCAAACAUCGCUAUUCUAUCACCUUACAAAGAACAGCAGGCCAGAAUAAGAAAAGCGCUGGCUGAAAAAUCACAGUGCAAAGACAUCUAUGUUACAACUAUCGCAAAGAGUCAAGGAAGUGAAUGGGAUUACGUCAUAUUAUCUCUGGUGCGUUCACUGAGUGAUGAUGAUCUCGACGCAGAGCCAUCAAUGUAUUGGGUCCGUGAACAUCUGGGAUUUUUAGCAGACGAGCAUUUAAUGAACGUAGGGCUCACAAGAGCGCGCAAAGGGCUUUGCAUUAUCGGUAACAAGAACUUACUUAAACAUCACUCCAUGUGGAAGGACUUGAUAGAAUCCUUCGAAAAAAGACACUGCGUGGUCAAUGAAUCUACAUGGCCGAAGAACUAAACAUAUUAUCCAACGUGGAACAUGUAAAGCAUCAGAAAGUCAAAGAAACUUUAAAAUAGGUUCCAAAACAAUGAUUUUACUCCAAAUACUAUCGCGUAGGUAAAAUAUUAAACAGUGUAUUUUCCGAAAUCAAGCCAUAGACAGCCUCAACUUAAUGCCAGACAGAAAUUAUAAAACAAAGAAAGGUCGUAGAAAGACUGAGUAACGUACUUUAAACGACCUAAAGCUCCCGAUAAAGGCGUGGAAAUUGUGUGGUUAUUUAACAACUAUACUAAAGUCGUGUGUCGGUAAUGUUAUGGAAGUAAUUAAGUGUUAUUGAAAGAAUCUUUCCAGGCGUCCGUUUGUGAUUUUGUUUGAAGUAUAAUUGUACUUUUAAAGGAAACCAUUUGUGGUUUUUCUAUUACAUAUAAUUUGAUCAUUCUCUAACGGUUGUAUCUCUUUAAUUAUCUUAGUCCUGAUUUGAAGUUGGAUUUGCACAUUUUUCAACGCAACUUGUUCAUAAUUACUGCCAGUAUUCAGAGAAUAAUUCAUGGGCGCGCGUAGAUCUGGAAUGUCUCUUCGAGUGUUUAACUCGAUAGCUCACGAGUGAGAUCUCGGUUUGAAUACGAGAAGAGGAAUUUCAUGUCUACAAGUAACCAUGUAUUAUUUUGUUUAUCAUGUAAACACAAUAGCCCUUUAAUGACAAGAAAAGAAAACUUUU